AUGCCAUCCCACAAGAAGAGAAAGACGACGCUGCCAGAGCAUAUGCAGGUGGCGCCCUUUGCGGAGCGAUGUUACCCUCCUGGCUACAUGUAUGUUCAGCCUGGACAGCAGCAACCUCCUGGCAUGCAGCUUUACCAUCAGGCACCGCAGUUUUCUGGGCAGUUUAGCCCUGGAGUCCCAGGUUCCAGUUCAAGGGGCCACCCUGGAUCUGAUGUGACCCCGUCUGAAGGGGGGGAUGAUGAUGAUGACGAUGAAGAAUAUGAUGAAAGCAACCUUGGGAGUGAUGAUGAUUCGUCCAGCAGUGCCAAGAAGAGGAAGACAAAAAAGAAGGGCAAGAAGAAGAAGAAGAAGCCCAAGAAAGGGAAAGCGAAGGACAAGCGCAAGAAAGGCGCCAAGGAUGAGUCAGACUCUGAAAGCACAGAUGCAAAAUCUAGCAAUGAGUUGGACAAGAAGAAGGUGCCAAAGGUCCACCUUGCCACCAAUAAAACAAAAGGUGGGAAGGUGAAUGUGCUGUGCCGCAGGGACCAGCUGAGGUUCUUGAAGGCCACCGAGCCCGCCAAGUUCGUGGAUGGAGUGAAGGAGCAGCUUUCCGACCAGCAGGAAGGAGCGGCUGCUAGAGGCGCCGAGUGA